AUGCCUCAUCCACAGAAACAAAGAAAGCGUCCCCCCUCCACCCUGCGCAUCGACACGCCGGCUCAGAAUCCUCAUAUAGCCCAUGUCGUUCAGGAUAGCCUAACGUCCGCCUCAGCAACAGACUCUGCUGCUUCAGAUUACUUUUCUUCCCCAUUCAACUCAAUGUCUAGGUCUUCAAGGAACAAGUUAUCCCUCACCCUCUCCUCUGCCCGCUCGUCGACGAACUCGCUCACCCUCGACCGUUCAGACGAGCCACCACCCACGGCAGACCCAGUAAACCGUCCGAUCCGACCGCGUAGGCCCUCAGUUAUCUCCCUUCCUCCCCCGACAAAUCCUACAUCGUUGCUACAGCGGAGGGAAGAGGAAGAAGGCUCUCCAGGCUCGCCUACAGCCCCCUACCGCGAUGGACCGAUUCAGAUCAUCCCCAACAUCUGGCUGGGCUCAGAGGACAAUGCCCGAGAUUGGAAGACCCUCCAUACCCUCGGCAUAAAGUGUAUAUUAAACGUCGCGAAGGAGAUAUCCUCGCCAUUCGAAUCCGUUGCCUCUGGCGCCCCUCGCCCGCUCAGACCAGUGGCAUCUACACCUAAUCUCGGUCAUAAGGACGAGACUAAGGGUACGUAUUAUCCACCCCAUGUUCCCAGUGGCAGGCCAGGGAUCCACUAUCUCAAGCUUCAAUGGUCACACGGCCAGCAAAACCUUGUUGAAGAGGGGUUCCCUGCUGCAAUGCUGUUUUGCGACGCGGCGUUGGAGCGAGGCGAAGGCGUCUUGAUUCACUGUCAAUGCGGUAUCUCUCGCUCCGCAACGAUGGUGAUUGCCUUGGUUAUGCGGGCAGCAGCCGAGAAUUCCCCUCUUGUUCCCCCGGAGAUUUGGGAACUAAAAGGUAUGCAAGGAGCAUAUUCUUUCGUUAAGGAGAAGAGCAAAUGGGUCGGCCCGAAUAUGUCGCUCAUCUAUCAGCUUAUUGAAUAUGAGCGUAAGCUUAAAGGCAACUUGUCUCCGGCGUCUUCGGAGCGGUCUUCUGCCAUCGCCGAGGAAGAGGAGGAAUGGGGCCGUCGUCGUAAGCUGUUGGAUGAAGCUGAAGAGGGAGGCAAAGGUGCUUCUGAGGAACAACAGGAGAGUAAGGCUGUCCUAGCGGAGGCUCAAGCACUUGACAGGGCUAUGGAAGAGCGCAUCAUAGCGAGGAGGUCGUCUGCAUCGUCGUUGGCCUCCAAUUCGUCGCUAAACGGAUUCGGCAAUGGUGUUGGUAUGGGGCAAGCGUGGCGCAGUCGCUAUGCGACUACCCGCAAGCGCACAGGUUCUAUCGCAUCAAAUCACACAAACUACAGCAUCCUCAGUGAGGAGCUCGUUGAGGAAGAUGAAGAGCAAGCCCUGCUCGGCGUCGGCGGAGGAUUCGAUGAUGACCGACCUCGGUUAUCCAUUGCUUCGUCAACCGAUUCUUCCAAUACCAGCGCGACGUCGGCCACCAGUUCAGCGGACCAUUCCCCAGAUGACGAGAGCAACCCACCGGCUAGGAAACCCAGCAUGGAUGAUGUGUUCACGCCAUCAACAGCCCGUCCCCUGUCUUCGAGACCUGCUUUCCCUUUGCCCCCGCCUUCUGCCCCUGUGUGGAAAACGUCCUUUGGCUCUUCGACAUACGGUGUGCCUCAGACGAGUACUCGUGCAACCUUUGACCUUCCAGUCGAUCCAUUCACAUCGCAAGACCUCAGUCAAGCGAUGUCCACUACACCAAAGGCGACGAAGCCCACAAAAAUGCGGCGGCGACCUGUGCCUCUUGGACUCAACAUCUUGCCUCCCGUGCCAUCGUCUCCAAUAACUAUUGUUGCAGACGAAUCGGACUCAGGAGCAGAAUCCUCAGCCCGGGCAAGUCAGUCAUCCUCUGUCGACGCACUCUCCGAAGCUUCUACUUCUGUUCCGCGGGGGCAACCUUCUACGCAAACCUCGUUGCCUAUUGUUCCCCUUCGUGUUCGCACCCAGUCUCGUAAACCCUUGCCUCCCCCAUUGCAUUUGCGCAAUGCUACACCCCCGAAGACAAUCUGUACCGCACGUCCCAUGGAGUCUCUUCGUCAAUCACAUCAUCGCAAUUCCUCCUUGUCCUUGUCAUCCACUUCCUCUUCUUCCUCUUUCUCGUCGCAUUCUUCCGGUGCCACCCACUCUCGCCAUCCCUCGUCUUCCUCCAUCCAGGAUAUGCUUUCGCGACCCCACAUGCAACCCCGCGGAGCAUCCCAACCCAUACAACCCCACACUCCCAGAAGACCGACGCUUCCCCGCUCACAGUCUUCUCUCAACACCCCAUCACAAACCCUCUUCGUAUUCCCUCCGUCACCAACAUUGAACGCCCGCACGCCGUCCACGAUGACGCUUACUAUGUCUGGCCCCACAAAUCCCGACCCGCAUCCUGAUCUGGCAACUGCUGUCCCUUUCCCGACUUUGUCGACGCCAAGGGUAGAGACGUUCAAGGGCAAGCAUGGCCGGACAAGGAGCUUCAUUGGUCUAGGAGCGCCGCCCACCCCGACUACGGCGUGUUCCCGAGUCGAUGCCAAAGGUUGGGUCGCAUACAGCUGA